AUGGUUGAAGAACAAGGAUUCGGCGCAUAUAAGUAUGCUGGAUUCCUUUCUGCCUUCCCCUCGAUACAUCCCCGUUCUUCGUCGGGUCUUGUGGUGGCUAUAGUCUGCUUUUGCUAUUCAGGAGCUCGUUGGCAAUCUACUUUCGUCUUUGUUGCUUGUAGCGUGCAUCUUGCGUCGGGACGGCUAGCGUUGGUCUACUGCAUCUGCAAUUGCUUACUAUGGAUCGAAGCACGAGCACCGGUGCAGGACAAGAGCGAGGGUGCGUUCAGUCCAACAGUUGAUCUCAACGACAAUGUCACACUGAUUUCUGUCAGCGUAACACUGCCCCCUAUCAAGCAUGUUCUUGACUCGAUCGAACGCCCCGAGUCAUUUCUUACGGGUUCUCGCGGCCACACAGAACUGGUGCCACCAUCCGUGGCGAACCUUCGCUACGAGUACUACCCGGACAUGCUGGCCGCAAAUUCACCGAUGUCGUACAGCUCGGAAGCUUCAAGAUCGUCCGACUCUCCAGCCUACACGCCAGCGACAAGUCACCGCGGCUCAGAGGCGCCAUUCCUCGCACGUAUGAGGCGCGGUUCAUCAAGCAGCACUGUUUCGACUCGACGCGGUACUGGCCGUCAACCUGCUGGUAGCAGGAAGUCGCGCAAGGUCGUUACUGCACAGCGCUCGACAUUAAGAUCGGCUAGCGGUGCUGGAGCAAAAUUGCCAAAGAACGUCAAAGAGCGGAACGCGAGGAGAAACUUUACCGACAUUGGCCGCAAAGUCGAAGAUGUCCUUGACCUUCUUCUGGGGUGCAACUGGGGUGCGCCAUACACGCAGUUUUCUGGGAACGCCACCUCGUCCGGCUUGCGGUGGGACAAAAUGGCCAUAUAUGCCAUUGUCACGAGUCAGUUCGUCGAUGGCAUCAUGCAAGGCUACGACGCUGCUCUUCGUCAGGAUGUUGUUGGCAAUGGCUUCACGGAUCAUUUUCCAGCACGUGACAGAUUUUGCGAGCAAAUGCGGUACAAGCUGACAGCAGCGUUGACGAAGACCCGCGAGGACCACCAAGUUCUCAAAGGCUCGUUGCUGGACGACGAGGACGGCGAAGGAGCUUGCGAUCAUGCUGACAAGGAGAAAGCUUGCUGUGUGCAUCCUGGGCGCGAGGAUAGCGAUGACUGGAUGACGUGCCGCAAGACACACCGCCGCAAGGUCAUGCAAACCAAUUUCCAGGCCCGGGUCAACGAGUUAGCUCGUGAGCGAGCUAGGCUAUGA